AUGCGCAAGUGCGGCGCGCCCAAACCCGCGCCCGGCCCCUCGCUGAUGCACCCGCCACCGCAAUACUCGCAUGCGCCGUCGCAGGCGGCAGCCCCCAUGCCGGGGGAUCCGGGCGCGCCCAUGCACGCCAUGCACGCGAUGCCGCCCAUGCAGCCGCUCGGCGCGCCCUACAUGCCCGCCAUGCCCCCCGCGCACUACGCCCCGUACCCCCCCAUGCCCUCCCCCGCGCCCAUGUAUGGGGCACCCGCCAUGCCUCCGCCCUAUGACCCCUCCGUGCACCUCGCGCCGCCCUACAUGCCGCAGGCCAUGCCCCACAUGCCCAUGCCGCCAGCGCACGCGUUCGCGCCCUUCCCCAUGGACGCCUACCGCCCCAUGCCGCCUCCGGGCAUGCAGCAGCGGCAAGGGGAGGGGGCGGACGGGCGGAAGCGGAGGGGGGGACCGGAGGGGAGUGGGGAGGGGGACUGGGUGUGUUUCAAGUGCGGCAACACCAACUUCUCCUUCCGCACGCACUGCAACAUGCGCAAAUGCAACGAGCCCAGGCCCCCUGCCACGCCCCUGCCUCCUACUCUCUAUGUGCACCCUGUUUCUCCCGCGCCUCUGCCUGCUCACCCGCCGCGUGAGUCCCCUGCUGCGCCCCUCCGCUUGGCCCCCAUCCACCCCCUCUCACCGUGCCACCACGGCUUCCUCACACCACCUUCAUUACGAUUCGCCUCUCUCUUUCUUCCCAUCCCACCUCCCACUCCCAUAUCACUCACCUCCCCUCACUCUCUCCAUUUAUGUUAUGAAUACCUCUUGCUUUCUGUGUUUAGGCUUGCAACCAUCCUCCUCACCUCCUGCAUCUGCCCUUCCACCCCCUACCCCCCCACCCCCCAUCCCAUCUGCCCUGUAUGGGAGAGGGCAGGCGUGCAGGCAGCAGCACCGGAUGGCAGUUGGGCGUGCAGUGAGUGCGGGAACGUGAACUACCCCUUCCGCUCGCACUGCAACCGCCGCCACUGCGGCCGCCCGCGGCCCACCCAUGACACCGCUGCUGCUGCCGGCAGCGGAGGGGGAGAUGCCGCUGCCGCUGUAAAACAGGAGGUAUGCCCCCCGGGGUUGGAAACCAGAGCGAGGUGA